AUGCCGGUGAGGGGGCGGGGCAGGAAAGAGCGGCGGGAGAAAUAAGCCAUUUUGGCUUUUCCCAUUGCACGGAUAAGUUUGCACGUUGCAUCGGGGUGAAAGAGGAGGAAAGGGAGAUUCUCGAGAGCAGAAGAAAACUCACUCAUUCCUCUUUGAAAUUAAACGGUAAAAUUUUGUAAAAUGGAAUAUUACCAGAGGUAACUAGCAAUAUGAAACAUAGUAAUAGUAGAUGAGAAAGAUGCAUCAAUGCUGUAUACUAGCGUGUCGCGACACACAGUUUGGAAAGCUCCGGUAUACAGCAUUAAAGUCUCGCAUUGAAUAUAAGUGAUCUGAAAAAAGGACUUUUACAAUCUGAAAACGGAUACAAUGUAUGCACUUUUUUGGUAACCCAAGAAAAUCUUGAAUAAUCAUAAUAAUAAAAACAACCCAAAGAAUGAAGUUGCAAGCAUCUAUGGCAGGCAUGGCCAGACUUGGCCCUUCAGAUGUUUUGGGACUACAACUCCUAUCAUCCCUAGCUAACCGGACCAGUGGUCAGGGAUGAUGGGAGUUGUAGUCCCAAAACAUCUGGAGGGCCAAGUUUGGCCAUGCCUGAUCUAUGGGGAAGACCGAGAUUCCCACUCUGCGCUUGCCACCAAAGGUGUUCCUGAAGUGCUGCAGUUUUGGUGAGGGCAUUUUUGUCAUUACAGAGACCACUAACCUUUGAGGAAGGGCCCUCCCUGCUGGACGUUGGCCGAAGAGCAAGGGAGGCCAUGCUGGAGAAUGAGGGGGACGUGGCCUCUCUGGGUAAGGAGCCUCCUUCCUCGAGUCUGAAGCAGUCCUUCCGGGACAUUUUCUUCUCACUCUUCUUUUGGGGUGGAGGGGUGGGUGGGGAGCAGGUUUGUUGCACCAGAGCUGCAAAUGUACUGUAUUCUUAACGCCAUCCAUUUUGAUCCCGACUUUUCCCCCUCCGAGGAGCGCAAUGUGGGGCACACGGGUCUCCCCCCCCCCCCCCCGAUUUAAUCCCCACAACAAGCCCCAAAUGGCCUUGUAUACCUGAAGGAGUGUCUCCACCCCCAUCACUCUGCCUGGACACUGAGGUCCAGCUCCAAGGGCCUUCUGGCGGUUCCCUUAAUGCAAAUAGUGAAAUUACAGGGAACCAGGCAGAGGGCCUUCUCGGCAGUGGCGCCCGCCCUGUGAAACACCCUCCCAGCAGAUUUCAAGGAAUUAAAAAAACUAUAUAAGCUUUUGAAGGCAGCCCUGUAUCAGGAAGUUUUUAAUGUUAGAUGUUUUAUUAUGUUCUUAUAUGUGCUGGAAGUAUUCUUAUUAGUAAUCUAGCAUAGGUGUGGAGAACUCAGACUGUUGUGUGGCUUUAAGGUAGGAUUCUGUGCAAAAUGAAAAAUAUUGGAUGGGCAGGGAAUAAUAAGAAUAAGAAUACAGUGGUACCUCGGGUUAAGAACUUAAUUUGUUCUGGAGGUCCGUUCUUAACCUGAAACUGUUCUUAACCUGAGGUAUCACUUUAGCUAAUGGGGCCUCCCGCUGCUGCCGUGCCACUGCUGCACGAUUACUGUUCUCAUCCUGAAGCAAAGUUCUUAACCUGAGGUACUAUUUCUGGGUUAGCGGAGUCUGUAACUUGAAGCGUAUGUAACCUGAAGUGUAUGUAACCCGAGGUACCACUGUAAUAAUAAUAAUAAUAAUAAUAAUAAACAGUUCUGUGAGGUAGGGUAGCCCUAAGAGGGAAUGACUGGACCAAUAUUUCCUGAUGAGUUUCAUGGCUGAGGGGGAUUUGAACCCCGGUCUCUCAGAUUCCAGUCUGGCUCUUUAACCACUGCGCUGCACUCUAGCAGUGCAAAAUAGGUUUGCUGGCAUGUGAGGGACUCCCACCAGCGUAACAGCAACAGGAAGCGCCAACCAAGUCCCCUCCCUGGGGUCCUGGCAGUGCAGUCCUGACCCCCCACCCUGCAGCCAUAAUCAGCCGUCCUCCCUUCUGUUUCCAGCACAGAGCAACGGGCCACCUUGCCCCACACAAACAUGCAGCCCCCUAACCCAAAGUACUGUUUAGUUAUGGGUUCUUCCUCAGAAAAGUUUGAGAGAACUUUGGAUGACCGGCCGCUGGGGAUAGUUUGGGCCAUGAAACCAAAUGCUUCCUCCAUGUUUCCUUCUUCUCACUUCUUCUUCUUCUUCCUUCUUCUCACUUCUUUCCCACAUAGCACUGCCGCUUCCCAAGACGAGCCUCCUCCCCAGCGCAGAGCAAGCGGAAGAGCCCAGGACGCCACAGUAUCAGAUCUCAGACGGAACAGGGGCUGCCAUUUUGGACACCAGCUCAGGUGAGGCAGUUUGGGUGGGAUGCCGAGUUCAGAGUUUCUCCUCCCUUGAUGAGAAUGGGCAAGAAAAAUCUUCUCUGUUACUUCAUUCAUAGGGUUAGUAAGGAUCCUGUUGUGUUAAAGCUGCUUCUCCCACAGACCUGGCCACUGUUUUUCCUUUCCCCACCCCUGUCCUUCCUCCUCAAUUUACUAUUUUUAAGAACAUGAAAACUUAGAAUCACAAUCCUGGCUUUGGUCUGUCCUGCAUUUUCCAAGCUUCAGCUUCAGGGGGGGCCUCUGCCUUUUUGCACGAUGCAAGAGGGAGAGAAACUUCGCUUUCCCCUUUACACCUCUGCCCUCUCCUCCCUCCACCAUCUUUGCUGUUCCUUCUCUAGCUCUGCUGCCUGCUGAGUCCCUCAAGCCCAGAGGUUAGGAGGAUCAAGGAGAGGAAGAAGAAAGUGGGGAAUGAGAGCAAAGAGGCAAAUGCCAGGAUGGCGACUGCCAAGCUUUCUAGCUCUGUGAGCACAUUUGGGUUUUGUUUUUUCUUUAAAGCAUCUUCUGUGGGCACUACCCAUUCUGGUGAUUCCUCCCUGGACUGAGAGGAGGAACCUUUAAGGGCAUCAUUGUUCGAAGGGAUUUGGGUGGAAACCUGAACAAGUGGAAUUUCUCUUGAGCCUCGAAAAGGACCUAGAGCUGAAAGAAGUGGGGGAGAGUGUGCCUUUCCAUCUUCCUCCUCCUCCUUCUUCUUCAGUUUGGAUUCUGAGGCUAUUUUAAGGUUACCAGAUUUUGUUUCAAUGAAUCCAGGGACACUUUUCAACUUCCUACUAAAUAGCUGGAUUUUGCCAGGGGACUGAUUUGUAAAUCCGGGGACUGUCCCUGGGAAAUGGGGACGUCUGGUAACCUUUGGCUACUUCUCUGCCAUCCUCAAACCCCAAUUCCGCUUUCUUCCCUCUCUCAGCAGGAAACUCGAGGAGGAAACACUUCUGCCCAGAGUGUGGCCAAUGCUUUGCCUUCGGAUUGGCUCUUGCUAGACACCAGAGAAUCCACACAGGGGAGAAGAUCCAGGAAAGCUCUGAGCGUGGGGAAUGUUUUGGUCAGAGUUCAGAGAUUGUGAGCCCUUUGGAAACCCCUGUGUCUUUGGAGUUCAGGAAGAUUCUUGCUCAUCAGCCCAUCGUUCUGAUCCACCGGAACGUCCAUGCAGGAGGAGAUAAGUCAUAUCGCUGCUUGGAGUGUGGGGAAGGUUUUGCCCAACUCUCAGAUUUUGUGAAACAUGAAAGAGGCCACACGGGAGAGAAACCCCACAAAUAUGCCGAGAGUAGGAUCGGGUUCCCCAAGAGAUCACAGCUUCAUGGACCCCAUAAAGUCCACACAGGAGAGAAGCCCCACAAAUGCAGUGUGUGUGGGUUAUGCUUUUCGGUUAGGUCACAACUUGUUUCCCAUCAGCGAACCCACACUGGAGAAAAACCCUAUAAAUGCCUGGAGUGUGGGAAAUCAUUUGCUGAAAAGUCAGUCCUUGUGGUCCAUCAGAGACUCCACACAGGAGAAAAGCCCUUUGAAUGCUGGGAGUGCGGGAAAUGUUUUCCUCAAAACGCACAGCUUUGGAGCCAUCGGUUGGUUCACACAGGGGAGAAACGGUAUAAAUGCUUUGAAUGUGGAAAAAAGUUUACUUCCCGUUCCGGCCUUGUAAGCCAUCAGAAAACCCACACAGGAGAAAGGCCCCAUAAGUGUCUGGAGUGUGGCAAAUGUUUCCCCACAAAUGUAAGUCUCAGGCGACACCAGAGAAUCCACACAGGAGAGAAACCCCAUGAAUGUAGAGAGUGUGGGAAAUGUUUUCAUGAGAAAGCUGACCUUCUGAGGCAUCAGACUGUUCACACCGGGGAGAGGCCUCAUAAAUGUGCGGAGUGUGGGAAAUGUUUUAUUUCAGCAUCAGAACUUGUAAUCCACCGGAGAAUCCAUACGGGAGAAAAACCGUUUGAAUGCGUGGAGUGCGGGAGAUUGUUUUCCCAAAAACAACACCUCUGCAGACAUCAGAAGGUCCAUACAGGAGAGAAACCCUACAAAUGCAUGAAAUGUGGAAAAUGCUUUGCUGGCCUAUCAGAUCUUCGUGUACACGACAGGAUACACACAGGAUUGAGGCCAUAUGAGUGUGGAGAGUGUGGAAAACGUUUUUCCACUUCAUCACAUUUUAUUAUUCAUAAGAGAGUCCACACAGGAGAAAAGCCACAUAAAUGUUUAGACUGUGGAAUGUCAUUUACUGAAGCAAAAUCCCUUAAGGGUCACCAGAGGAUCCACACAGGAGAGAAACCUCACAGAUGCUUGGAGUGUGGGAAAUGUUUUUCAAGGAGAGACACCCUUGUGACCCAUCAGAGGAUCCACACAGGAGAGAAACCCUAUAAAUGCUUGGAGUGUGGGGAAUGUUUUCGUCAGAAGCCAUGCCUUGUGAUCCACCAGAGGAUCCACACAGGAGAGAAACCCUAUAAAUGCUUGGAGUGUGAGAAAUCAUUUCCUUCGAAGUCACCCCUUGUGAUCCACCAGAGGAUCCACACAGGAGAGAAACCCUAUAAAUGCUUGGAGUGUGAGAAAUCAUUUCCUCGGAAGUCACGCCUUGUGAUCCACCAGAGGAUCCACACAGGAGAGAAACCUUACAGGUGCUUGGAGUGUGGGAAAUGUUUUUCUCGGUCACGAUAUCUUCACAAACACCACAAAGUUCACACAGGAGGAGAGCUUCCCAAUGUGUAG